GGGGAGUGUGGGGUGGGGUGGAUGAAGAAGAGGCAGGACUAGGCGGAGGGAUCCCUCUGGAAUGUGUCCGCCGACCCCACCCCGCCUCUGUGAUAGCGUUGAUUGGACCAGAGGUUCGAGAUAUGGCCGGCGAUUGGUCUGUCUCUAGAAUCAGCCCCGCCCCGCUUCCUGGGCGCCUCUGUGGGAGAGAGAGGCCCCGGCAGCGGCCGGCUGGAGUUCUCGGAGGGACUAUCCUCUCGCGGAGGCGGCGGCCCUAGAUCUCCUGGGAACGGCCCCCCUCCAUCAUCUCCCAUGCCUCUGGGACUUGGCCGGAGAAAGAAGGCACCGCCCCUGGUGGAAAAUGAGGAGGCAGAACCUGGGCGGGGUGGGCUGGGUGUGGGGGAGUCAGGACCACUAGGUGGGGGUGGGGGAGGGGGGUCCCAUGUGGGCCUACCUCCCCCACCCCCAUCGCUUCGGCCCCGACUGGUGUUCCACACCCAGCUGGCCCAUGGAAGCCCUACUGGUCGAAUUGAAGGCUUCACAAAUGUGAAGGAAUUGUAUGGCAAGAUUGCUGAGGCCUUCCACCUUCCCCCUGCUGAGGUAAUGUUCUGCACACUCAAUACACAUAAAGUGGACAUGGAGAAGCUCCUUGGAGGCCAGAUAGGGCUGGAGGACUUCAUCUUCGCCCAUGUCAAAGGCCAACGCAAGGAAGUAGAGGUGUUCAAGUCAGAGGAGGCCCUGGGGCUCACCAUCACUGACAACGGGGCUGGCUAUGCCUUUAUCAAGAGGAUCAAGGAGGGGAGUGUCAUUGACCGAAUCCAAGUGAUCAACGUGGGCGACAUGAUAGAAUCCAUCAAUGGGCAGAACCUUCUCGGCUGCCGACACUAUGAGGUGGCCAAGAUGCUCAAGGACCUACCCCGAGGCCGCACCUUUACCCUCAAGCUUACGGAGCCUCGAAAGGCCUUUGACAUGAUCAGUCAGAGGUCAACAGGGGCUCGCCCUGGCUCUGGACCCCAACUUGGCACUGGCAGGGGGACCCUUCGCCUCCGUUCCCGGGGUCCAGCUACAGUGGAAGAACUGCCUUCAGCAUUUGAGGAGAAGGCCAUUGAGAAGGUGGAUGACCUGCUAGAAAGUUAUAUGGGCAUCCGGGACACAGAGCUGGCAGCCACCAUGGUAGAGCUGGGCAGGGAUAAGCGAAACCCAGACGAAUUGGCGGAGGCAUUAGACGAACGACUAGGUGACUUUGCCUUCCCUGAUGAGUUUGUCUUCGAUGUGUGGGGAGCAAUCGGCGAUGCCAAAGUUGGGCGAUACUAAGACUCAAAUUGGAAUGACUCCGAGGAAAUGUGGGACGGAGUUAACAUGAGACAGUGCCGAGAGGCCUUGGAAGCAAAAAGUCUGGGAGAACAGACACCUGGGGCCCAUCCCAGCACCAUCAUUGCUGUUUAGAGGACAGAGCACUGAAGAGGUCUUUGUCUGGGGGCUUAGAGAGAGAGGGAGGAGGGGUCAGAGAGAAGAGCUGGGCCAAGGAUUCAGGCCCCCAGGCCUUCACCACCAUUACCACCACUGGAAUUCAACAUUCCCAAUACAGCCAGAGUAGGAGGAGAGAUGGCCUGACCCUCAAUGCUCUUUAUCUGAUCGGUACAGUCCCUCCCUCCUCAGCCUGACCAGGCUCCCCAGGGAGCCCCCCUCCUCCCUUUCCCACCUACCUCAGUGUCUAGAUUGGGGGGGAGAGAACUGAGAAGCCUCCCCCUUCUUUCCUCCUCUACUUUUCCACACUAGCUGCCAAACUGGCCCCACUCCCCUCCCUGGGGCACCCAGCUCUGUUUCAUGGAGAAGCCUAAGACCUCUGCCUGUUUCUCUGACGCAGAGAAGAGGAGGGGCAACCAGGCAGCCACUUUUCCCCUGUCACCCCAGAAACUGCAAUAUGGUCACCAUCACCACUAGGAGACUCCCCAGACUUUUUACCUCUGUAUUUGAACUUGACUGCUGUGAACCCAUCCCCUGUGCUAGGAUUGACUUCCCUUAGGGGUCCCCUGGAUUCCCCAGCUGCCCUCACUGACUUUGAGGGGGUGGGGCAGGCCUUGACUAGGGGUUUUCUAUUUGAGUUAUCUUUAACAUAAAGAGAUCUCUUGAGUGGAGCUGAGCUGCGUGGCCUGAGGGGUGGGGGGCUGAACUGGAGCUGGGAAAGAAUGUGUAGACUGAAAUUCAUCCGCUCUGUGGCCCAAAUUGAAUUAGGAGACCUUGGCCCAGUCUUCCCCUGCCUCCUCCCACCCACCGUUCUGCCUGAUUAGUGCUUAGGCCCUACCUCUCAGCUUCUCAGCAAGAGAAUUUUUCAGCUCAAUGUUUCAACUGGAUGGGAAGUUUGGACACUUCAGUUCAAGUUCUGGCUGCCACUAAUUUGCUGGGUGACUUUUCCCUCUGGGCCUUCUUUUCCUGUUUAAGUUGAGGGAACCUCCAAGAUCCCUUCCAGCUCCGAGCUUUUUUAUGACCAUUUGCUUCCCACUUCCUGAAAUAGUGGAGGUGGUGGGCUCUAAACAUUCCCCUCACCCAGAGGCCAAGAAGAUUUGUGUGUGGCUCUGGUGGCCCCUGUCCCUCUAGACACCAGUCACAUAGCAGAGACUUUGUCCCAAUUGGUAAAAAUGUAUUUUUAUGGUAUGUUCCAAAAAGCCCUAAGGAAAUAUGGAAGGAUUGCUUUCCCAUUUUAUGGUUAAAGAAACUGAGCUCCAGAGGGAAUUGAAUUCCUUUCUGCUGAUUCAGAUUCAGCACUCUUAGAGGGAACAGAAGUCUUCAAAUGUAGCCCCCAAAUGAAACAAUGGGAGAGGAUGGCUGGAAUCCUGAGGGGCAGAGACCCAUUCUCCCUUCCUGCUGAGGGAUGGCCCUUUUGGGCAAGUUCCAGCUUUAACAUAUUGCCAUGAGUGACUAAGCAGGUAAAUUCCACUUGUUCAGCCUCAGUUUCCCCUUCUGUAAAGUGAUGCAGUUGGACCAGUCUAAUCCCUUCCAGAUCCAGAGCCUCUAGUUGCCAUGAGUUCUGCCUCUAGGCAUAUGGCCCUAGCCAGGGAGCUUCCUCUCUGGGUCUCCAUCUCUUCCUUGGGCCAGACAUAUUCUAAAUUUUGAAAGUAGACACCAACCAGAAACCAUAGAUGGCUGACCCUGAUGAACAGUAGGGACCCUCCCCUGCCCCUGAGGUUGGACCUCUCCAGCCUUGGGCUAGAGUAGGACAGGCUCUGGCUGGCUGAGCUGAUGGGGGAAGAUGCGGGGAGACUGACAUAAACCCGACACCAAUGUUUUGACAGUCAGCUCUUCAUCCCUGGGAGAGGGAGGGGGGCCUCAGGAAAAUGGGUAGCAGCUGGCUUGGGGGGUGGGGUAGGAAAACUGGCUUCAACCCCCAGGAUUCUGGGUAGGAACAUUAAAGUGAACUUCAAUUGGAGAGGUGGGGGGAGGGUGGGGAACUGUCUGGGCAGAUGGGGAGUCUGAAGGGGGGUGGUUCUCCCAUUUUGUAUCUGGAUGAAUCUCAAUCCCAUUGUCUGCUUCUGCCUCUUGCCUAGGGUUUCUGCUGUCUCUGGGCAUGAGGCUGUGGGGGAGUAUGAAACUUAGGGGUCUAGAACUGCAGAGGAUGGGUUUUGGGAGGCAGGGCUCCUGGAUCCCCUCCCCAGCCCACCCUUUGUCCUCAUCCCAGCUCCAGCAUCCUUGGGGAUUACAUGUUCUUGGGGAACCGCCUCCAGCCUAAGCCUGACAUAAAUAAAAGAACCCCAUCCAACCCAUCCUCUUCUCCCCCCAUCCCACGGAACACCCCUUCCCCCCAGGAAUGAACAUUGCCUCUCUCAGCCCAGCUCAGUUCAGGGCUGAUGCCUCCCAGGCCGAAUGCCUUCUAUCCCUGGCAUCACCAAACAAUGCCUGGCACCCCCAUCCCUGAUAGGGUAGGCUCAGCGACCAAUUCUCCCAGCAGAGCCCUAUUUGAAAGUGUGCCUGCCCAUCUAUGAACCGCUUGUUCAGAGCUGGACAGAGAUCAGCCCCACCUGGGGAAAGGCUCAGGAUCUGGGCUGAGGAGACUCAAAUUGGAACCCUACCCUAGGCCAUUCCUUUGUGACCUUGGAUCAUUCACGUAACUUCUUUCUCUGACCUUAAUUUCCUCAUCUGAAAUGGGGGUUAGGCCUAGAUCGCCCCCAUCCCUCCUGGCUUUAAAGCCUGUGGGCACGCUAGGAAGUUGGGAAGGGGUUCUCUCACCUGGGAUGUCCUGCUGCCCCCAGCACCAGAGGGAGGGCUGCAGUGGGGAGAGGGGAGAAAUGAAUAUCUGACACACUCAUAUUUUCCAGUGUUUGGAUUUUCUCAGCAUUAUUAUUGUUAUUAAUGAGAAAAGCAUGAGGGCGCCCUGCCUAAGAAUGGGGGGUAAGGAGCUAGGGAGGAUGGGGGUGGGGGACAGCUCAGUUUCCUCUCUAAAUUGGGGAAGGGAUGGAUUAGGUGAUCUCUAGGAGCCUUGCCAGCCCUAAAACCAAUGACUGAGGCUCUCUUCGUAGGCUCAGUCGAGGGGGCCGGAGGUCACACCUCAAUAGCCUAAAAGACAGGAAGGGAAGUCUUGUAUCAUGGUGUAGUGGGGAGAAGAUUGGCAUUGCUUGGAGCCAGUUCAAAUCCUGACUGUGACACUAGUUCCAAGACCAAGCAGGCUCUGAGCCUCCAUUUCCUUACCUGUCAGUAAAGAAGAAUCUUCUCUGCAUUGCCUACCUCACAGGGUUGUUGUGGGGAAAGCAUUUGGUAAACCUUGAUGUGUUAUGGACAA